AUGUCCGAAACGCCCGAGUCCGAUGUCCCUAGCUCCGUACCACGACCUGUCAUGUCCUUCCCCUCCUGCAAGUCUGAAGCCGCCAAUGAUGGACUUGCGACCGUGAACGAAGAUGGAAAUCCGCAUUUUGAUGCUUCAGGUCGCUCCUGGAACGAUGGCGCUCAAACGACCGCCAUUGAGCACCUCGUGACCCUCAAGGAGGGCCUGCACACCCCGGAUACUGAGCUGUUCUGGAAACGGCUCAUGGAAGAUAUCACGUCGAUGGGCAAGGCCCAGUAUGGAUUCGUCGCUCGCAGAGUCCAUGGCGGCGAACCCAUGGCCGAACUCCAGGGGCGGCGCCCGAUCCUCUUCGGUGCUGCCUUCUAUUUCAACGACGGCUACCAGGCCGUCGGAAUGCAGCGACACCGGUAUUUCGCAGGCGGAAACCCUCUCCUACAUAUGGAUCUCGAGCGACCCUGUCUGAUACCGGAAAACCUCAAAUCUUUGGUAGCAUUUAGAGACGACCAGUUACCGUUUCCUGCGGAGGCCUACCUGGCUAUCCCCCUCUUUUUCGGCGGGAUCGUCCAAAGACUCCUACUGGAUGAAGAGUUCACUGGUCAGAGUCUUGACUCUGAUGCAACGUCCGAUACGUCCAUUGUUCAGAACUCCCAAACAGUUUCCUUCGAUGAUGCCUUCGAUUUCACAUCCCAGCCCCUCAAACCGUACGCACGCAGCUUAUCACACGAGCUGCGGACUCCGAUGCAAGGCGUGGUAGGUAUGCUCGAUGUUAUGCAUGCCACGGUCCGUGAAGCGAUGGAGAGCAAAACUCCGGUGAAGUCGGGUGGUAUUUUCCAGGCUCUCAAGGAGGGCAUUGAAAUGGUUCAAGACAGCGCCAGACGUGCUGUCGAAGCGGCCGACAAUGUUGUACAUGCCUAUGAUCUCAACAUGCAAGUCCCCAAAACACCGCAACGGGAGGAAGAGAACGCCAUGUUUGAGUACCAAGGUUCGCCGCCCAUGACGAGUGAACGGCGUCCGAGUGUUUUCAUUCAAGGAAACAACAUCGCAGUAAACCCGUACAAAAGGCGGCGGAGUCUUCCCCCCGACAUGAGCUCUGGGGGUCCAGCUCCCCGCAAGCAAAGAACUCGAGCAUCAUCAACGCGACAAGAACUAUCACCCCGUAGUGAAGAAGUCAAGAAUGCCGUCCACGAGAGUGAUCAGCUCGUUCAUGCUACACCCGCUCGCCAGAUCGAAGCAGUCAUGGCGAACAUGAUGGAUCCUCGCCCAUCAAUUGCCGUUCGACGAUCGGCUCCUCACCUGCUAUUGGAAGGCAUUAAUAUGAACACCCGAGGUCCAGCUCUGCGUUUCACAAAAUUGCGGGACCUUCUCCGCUUGGUGAUCAACGAGUCUCUCCACGUUGGCGGCCGGCCCGACUCUGCUGUCAGCAAUGCAACCGAGUCUGGUGAAAAAAUUGAGAUUCGGUCCAAAUCGUCGAAUGGAGAGUGUCACAAGAAGAUUGUGGACUGGUCUGUUGACCCGGCCUUGCCCGACACUCUGCUUGCUGACGACAGGGAUCUGGCUAAGUUGAUCUCGUGCGUCUUCCUCAAUGCUAUCAAAUUCACCAACGACGGCACAAUUACGUUAUGUGCGACGAUCGACACCAAAACUAAUGAUGUCUUGAUUCGCGUGCGCGAUACUGGCCCUGGCAUUCCGGAAGCCUUCCUACCAAACCUUUUCAAACCAUUUGCUCGCGAGGACGCGGUCUCUCCCGGAAGAUGGGGGGGUGAUCUGAUUUGUGUUCGUUCCUCGACCACCGGCCCGGAUCAUGGCUCCGAGUUCCAGAUUCGUGUGCCCGUGAACCAGCGUGAGGCUUAUAGUCGACUUGGAACCCCAAAUGAGAGGAUUAUAACGCCCCCAGUUAUCAGCGAGAACUCCCGUCAGGGUAGUGCCAGCAGUUUUUGGAAACUUCGGCAUCCAUUUCCCCGUCUUUGCUUCCGAGCCAGCUGCAACAGCCGACACCUAGCACCGGUGAUGAGAAACAUUCUGAGAGUCCGAAACCCCCCGCGCACAUUACCGCCAUCCCGGUCGAUUCGCUCGCAUCUCAAUCGGGACUAUUACGAUAAGAAGCUCGGCGAGAAGUUCCCAUUGCGUUUUCUUGUUGCAGAAGAUAAUCGAAUCAACCGCCGUGUGUUAAUCAACAUGCUGCGCAAGCUGGGCUAUCGGGAUGUCCUCGAGGCUGCCGAUGGCAGGGAAGCGGUCCAAAUCGUACAAGACAUUUUGUCUGCGUCAAUUGCCACCAACGAAACCAAUCCAGAUGAAGACUCCAGUGUCAUUGCUCAAGCAAGUGAUUCCUCGAAGAUGAGACCCAUCGACAUUGUGCUCAUGGAUCUCUGGAUGCCCGAGAUGGAUGGUUACGAGGCGACUUCUCGAAUCCUCCAGAUGAUGAAUGACCAUCAGAGCCAAUAUUCUGGACCGUACGAUGGCUCAAUGCAGAUUGGUAACACUGGAAACCCCGAUUCCAUGGAUUUCGAGCCAAUCUCACCUACACUUCGAGCGCCGCAGCCUCCUACCGUGCUCGCUGUCAGCGCCGAUGUCACUGACGAGGCGCUAAAUCGUGCCUCGAAGGUGGGCAUCAAAGGCUACAUGACGAAGCCUUAUAAACUUUCAGACCUUGAACGACUCAUUGUUCAGUUCUGUGGUCUUACUACCGACCCCGCCGCGGCAUAA